AUGGCUCCCCCAAUCGCCGCCGGAGUGACGAAGCGCAGGGCGCGUAUCUUCGUACGCACCCGCGCCGUAACGACGCCCAUCGCCGCCCAAAUACCGCCGCCCCCGCCGCGCCUUACCGGCCUAGGCACGAAGAUGUCCCCCUUCCCGCUGCCCCUGCCCCAACUCCCGGGAGCAGGAGUUGCUGCAAGGACCCAAACGCCGCCCGAACAUCAGCGACACCCACCGCAGCCCGCGGUGAGGACCACGCCGCCUGUCGCACUCUCCAUGCCCUCACUGGACAUGGAGACAACACCUCCGCGUUCAUACGCGGCGGUGUUAAACACCAAUCCAUCAUCGCCGCCGCACGCGCCGCCGCACGCGCCCCCGCGCUCGAUCUUUUCGACGACGCCGACCCCACCGAAGCCUGCACGCCCCCAGCCGCCGCUCGCCCCUGCGAGCAAGAAGCUGCCGCCGAUAGUGGUAGACCAGCUACCCAAUUGGCCGCACCAUCUCCGCCAACUGCGGGAAAUGCUGGGCCACGUCCCCAACGCGCGCCCGUACGGGAAGGGUAUUCGCUUCCUGGCGAAGACCGAAGAGGAGUACCGGCUCUACCAGCGCUACCUUGCCAGCCUGGAGAGAGCGUCGGGACUCUCUUGGUUCGCCUACGCCCCCCCGGCGGAGCGCGCCUUGAAGCUGGCCAUUAAGGGCCUGCCAGUAGACACCGACGUAGCCGCCCUAGAAGAGGAGCUGCGUAACCGCGGCUACGAGCCGACCUUCAUCCGGCCCAUCCAGGCUCGAGAGGGGAGACCGGGCUGCAUCUUCUUCACGGAGAUCCGUAGAACGCUGGGAUUCCAGCGAAUCUACGAAAUCUCCGAGCUCCUCUGCAUGCCCGGCGUCAAAGUCGAGGCGUGGAGGGGAAGGAGAGGUGCAGCUCAGUGCCACCGCUGCCAGCAAUUCAGGCAUAGCAGCCACAAUUGCCACCGUCCCGCUGUCUGCGUUCGCUGUGGCGAGAGCCACACGGCGAAAGAGUGUCCGCGCCCCCGGGACGACCCGGCAACAUGCUGCAACUGCGGGGGACCACACCCAGCAAACAGCCCCUCCUGCCCGGUGAAGAUGCGUGAGCUGCGCAACACCAGGGCGGGCACCGCUCCCACGACCGUGAGAAGACCGAUGCCACCAGCAGUCUCCAUCGUGGACCCCGGUAGUGAGCCGUCUGCGCAGGGCUCACUCAUGGCCGCGGCAAAUGGCCCAGAUGGGCCCAAGCCGAAACGCCCACGACACCGCAGGAGAGCGAACCCUGCUCCCACCGCUACCACCACUGCCGAGCCCAUCGCCGUGGAACCAGUCCCCCAGCAACCCUCUACAUCAGAGACAGCAGCCGCCGCCCCUCCCAAGGGGAAGAAGGCGAGGCCCCGAGCGGAGGCUCCCCCAGCUCCCUCCAGUGAGAAGCUGGAAGUCCUGGAGGAGACCAUGCAGUUGCUGCAUAAUAUCUUGGCCGCCAUCCGCACGCAGACUGACCCAGUGCCCAUCAUCCCAGCACCCUCGACAGAGCUCAACCCCCAGAACAAGCAGGCUUCAGACCGGGUCUCUCAACAACGGACCACCUUCACGCCCUUAACCAAAUUUUAG